UUACUUGAUACGAAGGCCGAAAGAGAAUAGUGUUAUUUCAUUUGCAAUAUCAAGUCCAGAAUGAUAAGCUAAGGAAGAUUCUCGAGAAAGGAAUGAGUAACUAUGCAGAAUCAUAGGUCAUACAUUUCUACUAAAUAAAAACAGGAUGGAAUGGCUGAGGUCCCUGGCAAUAGACAGCAGGUGGCAGAUGGCUGACAGAAAUAUAGGUCAGUGAGGUUUCUUGAACGAAUAACAAGAGCAGGCAACCCUCAGAGAAGGAUGAGAGAAAAUGGGUGAGCAGCUGUGAAAGAGCCAAAUGACUGACCUGAUUGGUGGGGCAGACGCUUUGUUUUUUGUGUUGGGCAUGCGCAGUGCUCUUCCUUGUUUGUCCCCGUGACUUACUGUGGGUGAGAGUGAGCUCUGUCAUUCUUAAGACGGUCAAGAGAGAAGCGACAAAAAAAAAAAAAAAAACUAAGAAAGAAAAGGAAAACAUUGAAAGCAGCUAGGUCCAAUUUAGAAACCAACCCAACCAACACCCCAAAACAUUCAGAGGCGGAAUGAGAACGUAUACUGUUCUGACGUGAAGCUUGUGUUCGUGGAGCUAAUUAAACCGCUGCGUUUGUGUUAGAUUAAACCAGAGACAGAGAGAGCGAAAGAAAAAAAAAAGGCGAAAUUGAGUGAGAGUGGAAAUCCCACCACCAAGCGUGGCUCUUUUGAGAAUAAGUAGUUUUUUUUUUUAAUAAUCCUGAAGGGAAAAACUGUUUUUUUUUUUUUUUUGCCAGGCAGAAAAUCGGGUCUUCCAGCCAUAAGUAUUUUUUUUUUUUUAAUGAUUUAGACAUCAUUUUUAUUUUUUUUUAUUUCCAUCCGUUGUUUUGGUUUUGUGGUAAAGGAUGCCAGAUCAGAUCUCGGUGUCCGAGUUUCUCUCCGAGACGACGGAUGAUUACAACUCCCCGACCACAUCGAGUUUCACCUCUCAUCUGGUGAGCUGCAGGAACAGCGUCAGUGUGCUGGAAGAGGCAUUGGAUCAAGACAGAACUGCACUACAGAAGGUGAAGAAGUCAGUUAAAGCAAUUUUCAAUUCAGGGCAAGAUCACAUACAAAAUGAAGAGAACUAUGCACAAGCUCUUGAUAAAUUUGGUAGUAACUUUAUAAGCCGUGACAACCUGGACCUUGGCACAGCUUUUGUAAAAUUUUCCUCCCUUACCAAGGAGUUAUCAGCUCUACUGAAAAAUCUGCUCCAGAGUUUGAGCCACAAUGUCAUUUUUACCUUGGAUUCUCUGUUAAAAGGAGACCUGAAAGGAGUCAAAGGGGAUCUAAAGAAACCAUUUGACAAGGCUUGGAAGGAUUAUGAGGCUAAGAUUACAAAAAUUGAAAAGGAGAAACGAGAGCAUGCCAAACAGCAUGGCAUGAUUCGAACAGAGAUUACAGGAGCAGAAAUAGCCGAAGAGAUGGAGAAGGAAAGGCGGCUAUUUCAGCUUCAGAUGUGUGAGUAUCUGAUUAAAGUGAACGAAAUCAAGACAAAAAAGGGAGUGGACCUUCUGCAAAACCUCAUAAAGUAUUACCAUGCACAAUGCAAUUUUUUUCAGGAUGGCUUGAAAACGGCAGACAAACUCAAACAAUACAUAGAAAAACUGGCUGCGGACCUGUACAAUAUAAAACAAACACAAGAUGAAGAAAAGAAGCAGCUGACAGCGCUCAGAGACUUGAUUAAAUCGUCACUGCAGCUUGACCAGAAAGAGGACUCUCAAAGCAAGCAGGGGGGAUACAGUAUGCACCAGCUUCAGGGCAAUAAGGAGUUUGGCAGUGAAAAGAAGGGAUAUCUCUCAAAGAAAAGUGACGGGUUAAGAAAAGUUUGGCAGAGAAGAAAGUGCUCUGUUAAGAAUGGCAUACUUACAAUCUCACAUGCGACAUCCAACAGACAGCCUGUAAAACUGAACCUUCUCACCUGUCAAGUAAAACCAAGUGGAGAAGACAAGAAGUGUUUUGACCUGAUAUCCCAUAAUCGAACAUAUCACUUCCAGGCAGAAGAUGAACAAGAGUUUGUAAUUUGGAUAUCUGUGUUAACCAACAAUAAAGAAGAAGCUUUAAACAUGGCAUUCCGGGGGGAGCAGAGCACUGGUGAGAACAGCUUAGAAGAUCUUACUAAAGCCAUUAUUGAAGAUGUUCUGAGAAUGCCUGGCAAUGAAGUAUGCUGUGACUGCGGAGCCCAAGAUCCUAAAUGGCUGUCAACUAAUCUGGGCAUUUUGACAUGCAUAGAAUGUUCUGGAACCCACAGGGAAAUGGGGGUGCACAUUUCAAGAAUCCAGUCUAUGGAACUUGAUAAACUAGGAACUUCUGAACUCUUGCUGGCCAAGAAUGUAGGAAACUAUAGUUUUAAUGAAAUUAUGGAAGGAAACCUCCCUUGUCCUUCACCAAAGCCCACUCCAUCAAGUGAUAUGACUGCACGUAAAGAAUUUAUUAAUGCUAAAUAUGUAGAUCAUAAGUUUACCAGGAAGACCUACAUAUCGGAAGCAGCUAAAUUGAAUGAGCUGUCUGAUGCUGUUAAAUCCAGAGACUUACUUGCACUAAUUCAAGUCUAUGCAGAGGGGGUAGAGCUGAUGGAGCCACUGCCAGAAACUGGACAGGAGCCAGGAGAAACAGCACUUCAUUUCUCAGUGCGGACUGCAGACCAGACUUCACUUCACCUGGUUGAUUUUCUUGUACAAAAUAGUGGUAAUCUAGACAAGCAGACUGGAAAGGGAAAUACAGCUCUACAUUACUGCUGUAUAUAUGAGAAACUUGAUUGUUUGAAGCUGCUUCUGAGAGGCAAGCCAGCUACAGAUAUAACUAACCAGAAUGGGGAGACUGCAUUAGACAUAUCUAGAAGAUUGAAGAAUACACAAUUGGAAGAACCACUUGUCCAGGCCUCUGCUGGAAAGUUCAAUCCACAUGUUCAUGUAGAAUAUGAAUGGAAUCUCGGGCUGGAGGAUGUCGAUGAAAGUGAUGAUGAUUUAGAUGACAAGCCAAGUCCAAUAAAGAAAGAGCUAUCUCUGAGACCCCAAAGUUUUUGCCACUCCUCCAGCCUUUCUCCUCAAGACAAACUGGCACUUCCAGGCUUUGGAAGUCAGCGAGACAAACAGAGGCUGUCUUAUGGAGCAUUUCCAAAUCAGAUGUACAGCUCAGCUACAGAAUCUUCUACCUCCCCAAUCAUAGAUGCCCAACCUCUUCCUCCAGGAAAUACAGGCAAGGCUCCACCUGGCCCUCUUUCCACCCUCCAUCUUGGCACUCCACCCCCUAGUGGCAGCUCCACUUUGUCCAAGAAAAGACCACCACCCCCUCCCCCUGGACAUAAACGUACCCUCUCUGACCCAUCAAGCCCUCUACCUCAUGGCCCACAAAAUAAAGGUGUGACCCAUUGGGGUAAUGAUCCUGGUCCAGUUUCUACAAACAAAACUUCAACAGGGAACAAGUUUGAAGGAAUUCCUCAGCAGCAAAGCACUGGGACCACAAAAUCCACUCUGGGCCCAAGAGUUCUUCCCAAACUACCUCAAAAAGUGACAUUAAGAAAAAUCGAUACCAUACAUCACCCUUCAAUAGAGAAACCAAGUCAGCCCCCUGAGGUUUUCCAGAAGUCACCCCAGCCUGUUGAAAUACCCCAGAAACCUCAGUUAGGAGAAAAGCUCCUACCAGUAGACUUGCCCCCCAAACCAGGAGAACUUCCCCCAAAGCCCCAGCUGUCAGAUUUACCCCCCAAGCCCCAGCUGGGAGAUUUACCUCCCAAGCCACAGGCCAAGGAUCUUCCACCCAAACCUCAGCUUACAGAGAUCCCUCCAAAACCACAAUCUGGACAGAGUUUGCAGAAGCCUCCAUCACUGGAAGUGGCAGCAAAACCCCAACCUGCAGAAAUACCUUCAAAUCUGUCGGGGGAUGCUGGACAGAAUCAGCCUUCGGAGGAUACCAACGGUACAUCCCCUGUUUUAACAGAGAUGCCAGUUCCUCUACCUAGGAAAAUAAAUGCAGGGAAAAACAAGGUGCGGCGAGUCAAAACGAUUUAUGACUGCCAAGCUGACAACGAUGAUGAGCUUACAUUUCUGGAGGGUGAGGUGAUUAUUGUUACUGGUGAAGAGGAUCAAGAGUGGUGGAUUGGACACAUCGAGGGGCAGCCAGAUAGGAAGGGUGUCUUCCCAAUGUCCUUUGUUCACAUCUUAUCUGACUAGCAGCAACUGACUUGUGCAUUGCACAUCUUCAUUAAUGAAAGCAUUAGCUUUAGUGAGUGACUCCAGCCUCCUCUUAACCAUGUGCACAACUAUGUAAAUAGCUGCUGAUUCCUUUAGGUCCACCGUAUGAGGUGUAAAGUAUAUAUGUAUUUUAAAUAUACUAUGUUAUCCUGCCUUUGCCAGUGUUACAAUGGCCUUGGAACCUGGCACGCCUUAUUGGGUUUGCUGUAACCAUCCUUGGCAACUAAUAUGUACUUACUGUAUUUCUCUGCCUAUGAUGUUAAAAAUGUAUAUCUACACAUAAUACCCUGCCUGCUUACUGCUUACAGGCAGAUUGGUCAACUGUUGUCUUUAUAAGCUUGACUGGUCAAAGGUUCUAUCAUCUCAAUAUUCUCAGUAACAAUAGAUUGGUAUAAAAUAGAUAAUUGCUCCAGAAUGAAAAUUUGGGGUUUCUAAAAGUGCUUAGUACAUAUGCACAUUU